UUUAUUUUAAAAGUAAACAUGAUCAAACUUAUAAUAAACAUAGUUAAUGUUAGUCUCUGGAUAAAUAAAAUGUGACAUUUAAUCUUACAAGAAAAGCAAAGAUUAAUUUAGCUAAAUGGCUUCACCAACAUAUGACAGAAUCACACUUGAUAUUACCACUUUUACAGCGCUUGAUAAAAUAGGCCAUAUAAUUAUUUUCUCUCUUGGAUAAACAAGCAAAAUAAAAUCUAAUUUCUGCGCAAUUUCAGUUUUUAUUGUUAUUAUUAUGGAAAUUCAGCGUUUAAACAGCUGCUGAAUACGACUGCGAUCUUUGUAAUACAUAUGCCAAGCGUAUGUGGGGCGCUGUGUCACCCCGCUCCAACAUAUUAAUACAUGAAGAAGUUCGGAAAACCGGAAAAGAAGCCACAGAGCCAGUGUAUAAGGCAUGUAAACUGUAAACACACUCGACAUAACAAGAGAAACAAGAGAAUGGCGAAUUCCAGCAGAAGAAUUGAGUCAUUGGUGUGGACCGACAGCGAGGUGGAACUUCUACUUCGAGUCACGUUGGACUACAAGACGGCCCAAAUUCAGAAGGGUGUAGACUGGGAAUGUUGCCACUCGAAGUACGGGGACAUUACGGAGGCGUUUCAGGCCGAGUACCCGGGCGAUGCUGCGGAAAUGGAUUUCCCUCAUAAAUCCGCCACGAUAACCAAACCCCAGAUUACCACCAAACUGAAGAGCAUACGUACAAAGUAUAGGCACGCGCUGGACUCUGGGCGCCGCAGUGGCCAUGGCCGCGCGGUGCUGAUUUUUCAUGAGCUCUGUGAGCAGAUCUGGGGGGAGUCGACAACAACGACUGCUUUGGACCACGGUUUGGAGAGUCGAGACGUUGGAGAAGAGACAAAAUCACCGCUUUCGGCCGACGAUGUGCAGUCCAGUUCCUCGGUUAAUUCACCGGAUAGUCUUCCUCCAGCGGCCACACAGCAGCGCAGGGACCUGCGUCAGGCAAGACCGAACACCCACCGAGGGGAGAGGCUGAAGCGGAAAGAUCCGGUCAACUACGCUCGUGAGGAGCUCGAGCUCAAAAAGGCCAUGGUGGACGCUAUGCUGGAGGGGAAUCGACGGAGCUCCGACAGUUUUCAGCAGCUGACGGCAGCCAUAACUCAAAUCACAAACAGUAUGAACGAAGGCCUCGCUGUGUUGAAGGAAAUGUUAUCCCUACCAGCCUUCACGCAGCCACAACACACAGCAGCGUUAGAAACGAGCCCAGCAGAGGGACCGUUGAAGUGUGGCAGUUUGGAGAUCAAGUUGGAGAGAUGAGGUGGAGAUGGUUUGGACGUGAGCUGAGGAGAGGUGGAGCUGCCAGGCAGGAAGUGACCAGAGAACAUGGUGAAGGAGCUCGUUUUGUAGCUAAUGCCUCUCCUGACCAUGUUGGGGGAGGGGGCUGGGCGGGGGCGACACUCUAUAUGUUUACUUUUUCAUAGUGUCUUUUCAGUGUUUUUAGUCUUUAUGUGAAGCAGCAUUUGCACAACUAAAAUAAAUACUUUUCAUUAAAGAUGUGGUUUGAAUUCAUUUAAAUAUGCUUACAUUUUUACAUUAUACUUGUAUAUAAAACCUUGAGUUCUUGAUACGUGGUUCACAUAAAACAGAAGCAGUGCAAUAAAUCAAGAACCAAAGGCACAAAACAAGACAAAAUGUGUGAGGCACAGUUCUUACUCUAUGGGG